CUCCAUACCCCCCACCCUUUGUAUGAAGCAGCUGCAGCACAUUUGAAUGUAUAUAGGGGGGAUUUGAAGGGACCCUUUCCAUGGACCAUCUGUCUCCCAGCCAAAAGCCAGAGCCAUAGCUGUUGGAUCAACCCUUCUAGAGGACUAUUACAAGCAAGAAGCUCCAGGACCCCUAGGACACAGGCAGAGCCCCCCCAAGCCAGGAUGGUGCUUGUACAUGUUGGAUAUCUUGUUCUCCCAGUCUUUGGCUCUGUACGAAACCGAGGCGCUCCGUUUCAACGUUCCCAGCAUGCCCAUGCUACCUCUUGCCGUCACUUCCACUUGGGUCCACAGCCUCAACUUCCAGACUUCCCUCUCCACCACCACCCCGUCCAGCCACAGCAAGGAAUGGCUUCACACAUGCCAACAGCCCACCAGCAUAACGGACCACUGCACCAGCCACUGCCGCCCUUGCCUGCCCUACCAUUUCAGGAGGUGGCGGGACCGUCUUUCCUACCUCAGGCCCUACACCAGCAAUACCUCCUCCAGCAGCAGCUCCUCGAGGCUCAGCACCGACGGCUCGUUCCUCAUCCCAGGCGGACUCAGGAGCGCAUGUCGGUGCAUCCUCACCGUUUACGCCCAGGCUUUGACUUCAGCCACCAACUACAAAUAUCUCAACCAUUGGGGCCUAGGUACUUGGCUGAAGGCACAGACUGGGACCUCAGUGUGGACGCUGGUUUGACACACACGCAGUUCCAGGUCAGACCGGUACAACAGCACUAUCAACAACAUUACUUAACGACUCCCCGACUGCACAACUUCCCAAGAAACACAUCAACGCAGAUGGUUGUCCAUGAAAUCAGAAAUUACCCCUACCCGCAGCUCCAUCUACUUGCCCUCCAGGGUCUCAGUCCGGCCCGGCACACGUCCGCUGUGAGGGAAAGCUAUGAAGAGCUUCUGCAGCUGGAGGACAGGUUGGGGAACGUGAAUCGCGGAGCGGUGCAGAACAUUAUAGAACGAUGCACUUUCCCACAUAAAUACAAAAAGAGGAUGCCGCAUGACGGCAAAGACGCGAAAGAAGACGAGGAGGAGGAGUCCGACACCGAUGAGAAAUGCACAAUAUGCCUGUCUAUGCUUGAAGACGGAGAGGACGUCAGGCGCCUACCCUGUAUGCAUCUGUUCCACCAAGUCUGCGUAGACCAAUGGCUGGCUACAAGCAAGAAGUGCCCGAUCUGCCGAGUGGACAUUGAAACACAGCUGAGCGCCGACAGCUGAAAGAUCCUUCGUCAGGACAACAUUGUUUUUCCUUAUCAGGUCUCGUGACCGUCGCCUGCAGCAAAACUUUGCCUUCUGAGCCAUUUGUUAUAGAGGAAAGCCUGCAAGCACAUUAAUCCCGAAGACGAAUUGUGGGCAUGUAGUAAUAAUCACAGAGGAUCUUAACAGCCAUAAAGCCCCCCUUUCCCAGGCGCGUUUGGAAGCUGGUCUUCCCAGGGCCAAAAAGGGGUCCACUGCUGAAGAAAACAAGCAGAAGGUACAAGAGCGGUUGUAUUGCUUGCCAAUCCUGCACUUCAAAGGAUUGUACAUAUACCUCUCAAUUAAGUAGAAUCAAGUAGGGGUCCUUAGUUAUUUUUGUGGAUGGCAGCUGGAGCAUGUUAGCUUGAGUUUGUUCUGUGUCUGGUGGCCCUAGUCAUCUUGUGGUGGACAUGUCGCUGUAAACCUAAUUUUGCACCAAAUAUUAUUUUACACAGAUCUUCUAAUUUUUAUUUUGUUUUGGGGUUUUGUUGGUUUUUUUUGGUGCCUGGAACGAGCCUUUACGGUUUGAUACAUUGACCCCCCCCCAGUUUCCAAAAGGGAGGUGAGGAAUCCUGUUUACAGUUAAGAAGGACUGGGUCUCCAUGCCCUCGGUUUGAUUGCUUACUUAUUUAUUACUUCUAAGUUAUGUUUACAGAGGGGUUUGUAAAAACAAAAAAAAGCCCUAAAAAAACCUGGUUUGCCCUGCUGUUGCUGGAUGUAUCGCAUG